CUGGAAGAGGAGCGUUGUCAGAGGAAAAGAAGGUCACUAACCGCUUCCAUUUUUCAUUCUUCUAUUUUUCACAUCGUAUCAUUCCAGGAGACCAAAGACACUAAAUAUGGAACUAUCAUAGGCAUCGACUUGGGUACUACCUACUCUUGUGUAGGAGUGUACAAAAAUGGAAGAGUUGAAAUCAUCGCCAACGAUCAAGGAAAUCGGAUCACCCCGUCAUAUGUUGCAUUUUCACAAGAAAAUGGUGAACGUAUGAUUGGUGAUGCUGCAAAAAAUCAACUGACCAUCAAUCCUGAAAACACAGUUUUUGAUGCUAAGCGAUUAAUUGGUCGUGAUUUCAACGACAAGACUGUACAGGACGAUAUUAAGCUGUGGCCAUUCAAGGUCUCCGACAAGAACAACAAGCCGCAUGUUGUCGUUAAAGUUGGCAAGGAAGACAAGCAGUUUGCUCCGGAAGAAAUCUCUGCGAUGGUUCUGACGAAGAUGAAGGAAAUUGCUGAAUCAUAUCUUGGAAAGGAAGUCAAGAAUGCAGUUGUGACUGUGCCUGCUUACUUCAACGACGCUCAGCGACAGGCCACGAAGGAUGCUGGAACAAUCGCUGGUCUAAAUGUUGUUCGAAUCAUAAAUGAACCUACAGCAGCAGCCAUUGCUUAUGGUCUCGACAAGAAAGAAGGUUAG